AGAUCCCUUUUUUUCCCCUCUUCUCUUGUAUUUAGCAGGAAAAUAAAAGUCCCUUUGGAAAAUAUCUUGAAUUCAUCAAAAAGAUUCAAUCUUUUUUAUAAGAUUUUGUUGGUUAUGACAUUCGACGUAUCUGUUGAAAGCUUCUGAGACUGUCACUACUUUUAACGAAGAGACAUCGAUAGCUUGGAGCAGUUGUUCAGCAUCUUAGCCAAUUUGAAGAGAGCGCGUGACUGAUCCCAAGAUGCACGCAUCCCAGAUACCUCAAUCAUCAGGCGGAGUUCACAAGUUGUGCCAUCAGCCAACGGCGAACUUUGAGCAAUAUUAUAGCCCUUACCAUGUAGUUAACAACAAUUCCAGCGAUACUAGCAGCUCGGGGACACAGCUCUCUUAUCAGACACAGAAUGAAAAGUUUUUCACUCUGGACUCACUGCCUGAUGCUGGUUAUGUCAGCUAUGAUUCGCCUCCUGCUGUUAGCGUCUCGUCCAACUGGAGUCCGUUCUCUCCUCAGUGUUCUCAGUCGUACAUCUCGGAUCAGCACCAUUCCUCAGACAACACUUAUGGUUCACCCUUGAGCGGGUGUUCAGUAAUGAAUGAUGGCAAUGAACUGAAGCAUGUGCUAAGGGAGAUGGCGAAUAAUUUGCUAGGGCCUGGUUCUGAUAUUGAUGAAGACAGCAGUUGCUCUUUCAAUGGUGAGGUCUCAAAACCUUCAAAGUGGAAUCGAGUAUUGGAAAUUGCACCGAGCUUGGACAUGAAAGAGCUGCUUCUUGCCUGUGCUGAAGCAAUAUCCGAUGUCGAAGUCACAGCUAGAGAUGCUCAGAUGAAUGUCUUAGGGCAAAAGGUAUCGGAUGCCGAUGUCACAGCUAGAGAUGCUCUGAUAAAUGUCUUAGAGCAAAAGGUAUCGGUUUCCGGGGAACCUAUGCAACGAUUAAGCGCAUACAUGUUGGAAGGACUCAAAGCAAGAAUAUAUUCUUCGGGAAGUAACAUAUACAAAAUGCUCAAGUGCAAGGAACCAACUGGUUCAGAAUUGAUCUCUUACAUGCAAGUCCUCUAUCACAUCUGCCCCUACUACAGAUUCGCUUACACAUCCGCCAACGUUGUGAUCGAAGAAGCCAUGAGGAAUGAGAGCAGAAUCCAUAUAAUUGAUUUUCAAAUUGCACAAGGAAGUCAAUGGGUGUUCCUUAUGCAAAAUCUUGCUCAUUGGCCUGGUGGACCCCCUUCUGUCCACAUCACAGGUGUUGAUGAUUCCCAAUCAGCUCAUGCACGCGGUGGUGGACUUCACCUAGUAGGUGAAAGGCUAGCAAAAGCUGCUGAAUCAUGUGGAGUGCCUUUUGAAUUCCAUGCUGCUGCUAUAUCGGGCUGUGAGGUUCAGCUAGAAAACCUUCAAAUUAGACAUGGAGAAGCCUUGGCAGUUAACUUCCCGUACGUGCUGCACCACAUGCCAGACGAGAGUGUAACCACUGCAAACCAUCGAGACCGUCUACUUAGACUGGUUAAGAGCUUGUCCCCGAAAAUAGUCACCCUUGUCGAACAAGAAUCUAACACCAACACUUCUGCUUUCCUUCCAAGAUUCCGUGAAACUCUGGAUUACUACACCGCAAUGUUCGAGUCAAUUGAUGCAGGUCGCCCGGGGGAUGACAAGCAAAGGAUCAAUGCAGAGGCGCAUUGUGUGGCACGAGACAUUGUCAACAUAAUAGCAUGUGAGGGGGCUGACAGAGUGGAAAGACACGAAGUUUUUGGAAAGUGGAGUAUGAGACUUACAAUGGCCGGAUUUACUCCAUGCCCCUUGAGUCCAUCAGUUGGUGAAGCCAUCAAUGGUGUGUUGAAAGAGUUUAGCCCAAAUUAUCGAUUUGCAGAGAACAAAGGCGCGCUUUAUCUUGGAUGGAAGAACAGAGCUUUAGCGACUUCUUCAGCUUGGAGAUGACUGUCGUCUAAGAUGUAAAUCUCUCCCUACAUGAUCUUGAUAUGUUUACCUUUUUUAUUUUACGAGAUGUAGGACAAACGAAAAUCUUAGGCGUGUACAUGUCAACAUUGGAAAUAAAAUAGUGAACUUUGAAAUAGAAUUGUGCAUCUUCACAUUUGUGGACAUGAAUUUAGCAGAAAACAUCUAAACAAAGUUAGACAUUGGAAA